AUGACAAAGAACCAGCGCCACUGUCUUCCACUCUGUUGUAUUCUGCCCGUCCCCCCCUAUCCCCCCCCCUUGUCCCCCCUCAACAGCCCGGUCUCCCCCCCGUCCUCCCUCCCUCCUCCCCCAGCUCUAAACGGGAGCCUGUCCGGACCCCGUGCACGUCAGCGUACCGGGAUUAUGACUCCCACAUUAUCAGGCUCGCCGCAGGUGUCUUUGAAGUCGCCAAUGCCGGGGCCGUCUCACUGCGCUCCGGAGAUGGGCUUCAGCAUGGCCGGCAUCUUAGUCUCCGGCCUGAGAGAGCCUCGCAGUCUCCCACAGAUGAAGGCAUCUCUGAGCUGCUCUGGGGGAGGGAGGGAGGGGGGGAGGAGGGGAGGGAGGGGGGGGGGGGGGGUGUCUAAGCUCGGAGCGCUCAGAGGCUGCUGCUCAGAGCCAAAGCUGAAGGCUGGAGGAGCGGCUGGGAGGAAGCUUAAGCGAAGAGUCCAGGUUAAGAAGCAGCCCCUGUGUGUGUACGAUGGUGUUUACACGGUUCAGGAGGCGUUGCAGCAGCUCGAGUCAGCUCAAAUCGAAAUAAUUCCCUGCAAGAUUUGUGGAGACAAAUCAUCCGGCAUCCAUUAUGGAGUGAUCACGUGUGAAGGCUGUAAGGGCUUUUUCCGCAGAAGUCAACAGAGUAAUGCGGCCUACUCCUGCCCUCGUCAGAAAAACUGCCUGAUCGACCGCACCAGCCGCAACCGCUGCCAGCACUGCCGGCUCCAGAAGUGCCUGGCCGUGGGCAUGUCCCGGGACGCGGUGAAGUUUGGGCGAAUGUCAAAGAAGCAGCGCGACAGCCUGUACGCAGAGGUGCAGAAACACCGGCUGCAGCAACAACAGCGCGACCAUCAGCAGCAGCCGGGGGAGGCGGAGCCUCUCACCCCCAGCUAUGGCCUCUCGGCCAAUGGGCUGACAGAGCUGCACGACGACCUCAGCGGCUACAUGGAUGGCCACACCCCUGACGGCAAACCGGACUCCGCAGUCAGCAGCUUCUACCUGGACAUUCAGCCGUCGCCCGACCAGUCCGGCCUGGACAUCAACGGCAUCAAACCAGAGCCCAUCUGUGACUUUGCCCCUGGCUCCGGCUUCUUCCCCUACUGCUCUUUCUCUAAUGGAGACAGUUCCCCCACCGUGUCCAUGGCUGAACUGGAGCAUUUGGCCCAGAACAUCUCCAAGUCGCACAUGGAAACCUGUCAGUAUCUGCGGGAGGAGCUGCAGCAGAUGACCUGGCAGGCCUUUCUGCAGGAGGAGGUGGAGAGCUACCAGAGCAAGCCCCGGGAAGUCAUGUGGCAGCUGUGUGCUAUCAAAAUAACAGAAGCCAUUCAGUAUGUGGUGGAAUUCGCCAAGCGCAUCGACGGCUUCAUGGAGCUGUGCCAGAAUGAUCAGAUAGUGUUGCUGAAAGCAGGUUCGUUGGAAGUGGUGUUUGUCAGAAUGUGUCGUGCCUUUGACUCACAAAACAACACAGUCUACUUUGAUGGGAAGUACGCUGGACCCGACGUCUUCAAGUCCCUUGGCUGUGACGACUUGAUCAGCUCCGUCUUCGAGUUUGGGAAAAACUUGUGUUCUAUGCACCUGUCUGAGGAUGAGAUGGCCCUGUUCUCCGCCUUCGUGCUGAUGUCUGCUGACCGCUCCUGGCUCCAGGAGAAGGUGAAGGUGGAGAAGCUACAGCAGAAGAUCCAGCUGGCUCUGCAGCACGUCCUGCAGAAAAACCACAGAGAAGACGGUAUCCUCACAAAGUUGAUAUGCAAAGUGUCGACACUGCGAGCGCUUUGCAGCAGGCAUACAGAGAAGCUCACAGCUUUCAAAGCAAUAUACCCAGACAUUGUGCGCGCCCAUUUCCCGCCCUUGUACAAGGAGCUGUUCGGCUCGGACUUUGAGCAAACCAUGCCGGCGGACGGCUAG